AUGGCAACCACAGACAAACACGUCGUUUUCGACGUCGUAGGAACAUGCGUCUCCUACGACGUCUUCUUCUCAGCAAUCGACUCCCGUCUCGGCCCCAAGCUUCGAACUUAUAACAUCCACCCCCGUCUAUUCGGCUACGCGUGGAUGGAAGCCGGCGAAAAGGAAUACACCUAUCUAAGCCUCUCAACCCACUACGUCAAGUUCUUCGAUGUAUUCCGUUCCAUCUUCUACAGGACCCUAUGGCAAGCUGGGAUCCUGAACCCACGGGAAUUCGCCACCGAUGAAGACCGUGAAUAUCUACUUGCAUCGUAUCGCGAAUUCAAGUCCCUAAGGAAUGCCGGGUUCACGGUUUGGGCUCUGACAUCGGGCGAUACAUCCCGGGUGGCUGGGUAUCUUGCUGAAGGUGGAGUGAUGUUCCCAGAGGAGAACUUUGUAUCGUGUGAUACCAUUGGAGUGGGGGGAGGGUCGGUGGCUUGGUUUGCGGCGGCGCAUAUGUGGGAUGCGGCUGCGGCGAAGCGGUGCGGGUUCAAGGGGGCUUGGGUGUCUUUAUGGGAGAAGGAGAAGUGUUCGGAUAUCUUUGGCAAGAUGGACGUUGAGGAGGAUAGUUUGCCUAUGCUGGCGGAGGGGAUUAUUACAGCUACUGCUGCGAUGGAGACCAAGUAA